CCACUAAUAUCAUUCAAAACUUCUCCUCCUGAGUCUCUCUUUCUUACUUGCAAAUCUCUGGUAUUUCAUUCCUCUUUCUUCCUUUUAACAAUGGCUGAGGAGAAACGCCACCACCACCACCUUUUUCAUCACGAUAAGCCCCCCCAAGAAGCUUACUCGGGGACCACCGGCUACGGCGACGGCGACGGCUACGGCGCCGGAGCUACUGAAAAAACCGGCUACGGAGACGGCGACGGCUACGGCUACGGCGCCGGAGAAAAAACAGGCUACGGCUACGGCGCCGGAGUUGCUGAAAAAACAGAAUUCGUUAACGAGACAGCCGAAGUCGACUAUGAGAAAGAAGUGAAGCACCACAAGCACAAGGAGCACCUCGGCGAGCUCGGCGCUGUUGCCGCCGGUGCUUUCGCUCUGCAUGAGAAGCAUAAAUCGAAGAAAGAUCCCGAAAACGCACACAAGCAUAAGAUCGAAGAAGAAAUCGCUGCCGCUGUUGCUGUAGGCAGUGGAGGAUUUGCUUUCCACGAGCAUCAUGAGAAGAAAGAAGCAAAGGAGGAAGAAGAGGAGUCUCAUGGAAAGAAGCACCACCAUCUCUUUUAAGAGUCUCCGUCUUCGCAGCUCAUGUAUGUGUGUAAUAAGUUUUAGACUUCGCAGUUCAUGUAUGUGUAAUAAGUUUUAGACUCUCUAUGUUUGUCCGUCGUUCGUACGUGAGCGGACUCCUAAGUAUUUAAAAAGUCGUGUGUUUCUUCGCAUAUGAACUAGUUUAUGUGAUUAUGGGUCUGUAUGUACUUAGUUUCAUUCAUGUUUUUGUGAGGAGAGCAUGUGCUUUUAGUUUAGUUGGUUUCUUAAAAUAAAAGUUAGUUGUGAGUCUUUCUAUGAUGAA